AUGGAUAUCUGGUCAUGGAUAUGUGAACUCCCCAACUUGGCCUCACUGGACCCUCCCAACUCACCCCUCACCUUCCAACUCGCCAUCAACGCCGACUCGACUCAUUCCAUCCAUCUCCGGGCCACCCCGGACUCGGAAACCUCCAAUAUCACCUUCUUCAUUUGCCUCGACGACAAUCCCCAGCCCGCCUGGUUUUCCGACACGUGUUCCCUCUCCUCGGACAAACCCUUCCUCCCCCUCCUCCUCCAGCUCCUCCACGAAAUCGUGUCCCGUUCGCCCACUUUCCCCCGCCCGCAGCUCGGCCGCGGCCUGAUCAGACCUGAGCCUGUCUCGUGGGCCCUCGACUCCCACUUACCCGACUCCUUCUCCUCCUUCUUCACUCUCAUCUUCCUCACGCGCCUCUUCUGGCUCUGCGCGUGCGACUCCCCACCCGAGUUCGGGUCCCUCUACUUCCACUCCCUUCUCUCCCCCAAUCUCGCCCUCUUCUCGUGCCGCCACGCACCCGUGCUCACCAACUUCUUCCUCUCGGCCGGCGCUGACGUGGAGCUCUGCCUCGCCCGCUCGUUCGGCUACGUGCUCGCCAAGUGGUUGGACCCAGAGAGAGUGAGUAUAAGUUCGCCGGAGCAGCUCGCCAACGGCGGCGGAGUCAUUGGGGUCGGCGUCUCUGUAGUUGACGAAGUUUUCACGCGCGUAUUUGGCGUAGUAACCCCUGGUGUCCUCCGGCAGCCGUCGUACCAGCCUCAGAACCUCUCCGUAAGCUCUCAACGCCUUCUUCAUCUCUCCGAUUAA